AUAAACUAUGAAGAGAAAAUCAAAAACUUCUUUGAAGAACAUCUUCAUACUGAUGAAGAGAUCCGCUACUGUGUGGCUGGAAGCGGUUAUUUUGAUGUGAGGGAUCGCAAUGAUGCUUGGAUUCGUGUCUUGGUAAAGAAAGGUGGAAUGAUUGUCCUGCCUGCUGGAAUUUAUCAUCGCUUUACACUCGAUACAGACAAUUAUAUAAAGGCAAUGCGGCUUUUUAUUGGUGAUCCUAUUUGGACUCCUUUCAACCGGCCUCAUGAUCACCUACCUGCUAGAAAGGAGUAUGUUGAGAACUUUGUGCACAAGGAAGCUGCCAAUCAUGCUGUUAAUACUGCUGCAGCUUGAAAUCUGUUUUUUCGGCUUUUAAACGUUUGGAACUAUUCCAUGACUUCUUAUAAAAAAGUGGAAAAUGAAAAAUAUAGAGACUGUUGUGGCUCUAUUAUACAUA